CGCCGUGUGUACCGAAGCUACGAUAUGAGCAACAGCGACAUCGAGACGGCCAAGUGGGUUCUGAAGAUGGAGCAGACUCCGGACGCCGCGAUGUUCAACAGAACCUCCCCGUCUGUGUCUCCCCGCCCGUCCUCCCCGACAUCGUCCUGGUCCAGCGGCGGCUCGCCCGCCCCCUCCUCACCCUCCUCCCGGUCCCGCCCGGGGAAGAUCAGAAGGACCAGCAAGAGUCUGAAGAAGACCGAGAAGCAGCUGUCUGAGGAGGAACUUCAGGAGCUCCGUCUGAAAGUCAACCAUCGGGAGAGGAAGAGGAUGCACGACCUGAACUCGGCACUAGACGGGCUGCGGGAAGUCAUGCCGUACGCUCACGGUCCGUCCGUCAGGAAACUCUCCAAAAUCGCCACGCUGCUGCUGGCCAAGAACUACAUCCUCAUGCUCAACAGUUCCUUGGAGGAGAUGAAGCGGCUCGUGAGUGACAUACAGCACACGCGGCGCGCCGGCCUGCCCUCCACUGCUCACCCCGCACCGUCAGCGCCCGCUGUACCAUCUUUCCACAGACUAACCAUGCCUCCGACCUCGAUCAUUCCUCCACACCCGCCGGUGAGCAGCGGUACCGUACCGACCAGCAGCGUCCUCGGCGCCAGUCCUCACCACGUCCGAAGCCCCUUCAGCCCGUGGCCGCUGCCCUGUGCAUGUCCGCAGUGCCCGACCGACGCCAGCAACCGCCUGCAGCUUGGAAAACUCCCAACCUUUACCAGGUGACAACGGGACAUUUCAGACUAUUGAACUCUAUAAAAUACUAGUACCAACAGAUUUGAAUCCAGUCCAGUGAACAUUUGUAAAGGCAUCCGAUUUCCGAUUUUUAAAUACAAUGUACAGAAACAGAAUUUUGUGUAAAACCUAAGUCGUGGUUCAAUGUGAAUCCACAUUCGACACGAAGUCCUGCAUUUCUAGUCAUUCAAUGUGAAGCAACGUGCAAAAGCAACAUCACAACGUACAGGACUUAAUACAGUUGCAUAUCGUUUGAAAUGUUUGCGGUGUAUUCACGGAAAUACCGCGAGGCACUAAUUCUGCCAAAUACUCUAUAUUUAAAAGUUCCAUAUGCAUGAACAGCAAAGGUUCUAUGUGAUACAAUGAUUUUGUUGAUAUGAAUGAUAUUCAGUUUAUUCUUUUCCAUACAUUUGACAGAUAUGUAAUGACUAUUGAUCCCAUGUGCCGUGAUGACAUAUAAAUGAACACU